GACCGGCAGCAGACAUGUAAGGAGGAGCUGGACCGGAGGAGAUGAGCCUCGGCUGUCACCGUCGCCACCAUGUUCCCGGGAGUCUUCUAUGCACUGCUAGCGGGUUUCCUCGGCGCCGUGGCGUCGUCCUCGGCCAAGCUGUCCCUCGGAGCCGACUACCUGAAGGGAGUCUGUGAAACCGGACUCCGGACGUGGGGCGAGCAGCGGAAAUUCAGACAGGCGGACGAAACCACCGCGUGCGACCGGCUCCACAUCCCUCUGAGGCUGCUGUGUGGCGGGCUGCUCUUCACCUGCAACGCUGUGAUGUGGACUUUCCUCGCCAAAGCACUCAGGUAUUCCUCGUCCUCCACCCGAACCACUGUGACCACCACUGCCUCCAACUUCAUAUCUUCCGCUUUCCUGGGCCAGCUGAUCUUUGGGGAGGCCCAGAUAACGUUGUGGUGGGUCGGGAUCUCUCUGACCUUCUCUGGUCUGCUGGUACUGCAGAGGGUCUCACCACAGGAUGGGCAACAGAACGCCGUCGCCAAGAAGGACGAAUAAUAUGUGUGGUCUCCACUAGCUGGCCGUGGUGUGUGUUGUGUGUCAGCAAACAUCUCCUCUGAUUUUACAUCGAGGUAAAGCAGAGUGGAGUCUAAGGAACAGGAAGGGUAUUUAAUGUGUUUUUGUUGUUUAGCUCCAGUACAGGUACUUAAUUAUUAAUGUCACAGCUAAAUAACAGGAGGAAUUUGUUGUUCUCUUCCAGUAUUGUAAAGAAAUGAUGCCCCAUUUAACUAAAUCCCAGCCGGAUUGUCUUCCCCUGAUAAGGAGGAGCUGCUCCAUUCAGAGACAGUGUUUAUCCUCCAGGUUGCAGCUCGUGGCCAUGCGGGCUGUAAAACCCUGCUGGCUCAGCUGCAGCCUUGUUCGGUCCUGUUCUAAAAUCAGAGGAGAUGUUGGCUUCCAGCCAGUCUGGCCGCGGCACAGCGACAGCGUGGCUGGUGGAGACAGGCUGAAGGACGCCUGGGUCCAGCCUCCCAGGAGCUCUACACUCAUCCACAGGCUUACAACCAAGCAAAAACGACGCUAGCUUUACUUUUGGGAAACGAGUCAACAACGACGACGACACAACAACUCACGAGCUAACAGAGAAAUGCUAAGAAAGCAAGGGGGUGUGAAAAAAUAGUUUCACAUUUUGGGAAAUAGGCACAUUUAGCUUCUUGUUGAGAGUUAGAUGAGAAGAUUGAGAUCAGUGUCAUGUCUGCCAGUUAGCUUAGCUUAGCAUAAAGACUGGACAUGGGUGGGCGUUACAACCCUGGUUCUGUGUAACGUUAACAGAAUCCCCUUUGAUGCACCUCUAGAGUUUAUUGAAUAAUGUCGUUUGUUUAGUCUGUCCAAAAGAAGAAGCUGUAGAAAUGGUUUUCUGGGAGAUGUGGGGGUUUUACUGGCCUCGAGACGGGACUGUCCCGACCAUCCUGAACAAACCACUCGUUGUUUUUCUCUUUGAGACAAACACGAGGUGCUUUCUGAUCCCUCCGAUCUCCAGUCUCUUAGCUAAGCACUGAUACUUCCUGCUAACUUUAUGAACAGGAUGUGAAUCUUUUUUCAUCUGACUCUCACAGUUGUCUAGAAGUGAAACUAUUCCUUGAAAGGAAGCCAGAUUAUACAACACGUGUAAUUUGGGAGCUUGUGUGCGUAAUGACUGAUCUGAGGUCGAUCUCGAAGUGUUGUGACGCCACUAUUAAUCAGCCUGUGCAUUAUAUUCUGCUUCCCCCAAAGCUUUCUUGAUUUCCACAUGUACUGAAGCUACUAUGACACUCACUGUAAACAUCCUACACUGACGUUGCAUUGUAUGCAUGCUGGAGGCGAUGUUUUAACCGAAGCACUUAGCUAACCAAGUGUACUCACGUUUUCACGAGUAAUAAUCCUUCUGAUGUAGCGCUGAAAGGCCCGUACCUGGUACGCGUUCGCUCUCUGCCUGGGUUUGACUUUUUGUUUGCCUUUUCUCCGGAACCUUAACCUCACCACAUGACGCAUACUUUGAUUCAGAGGCAGCUGAUCUUCCAUUUCAUGACGUGCAUGUUCCCACCAAGGCCUGAACUCGGAUAAAUCACACCAAAGCAUCCUGGAGCGUCGGUCCACGUCAGACCCUGUGAACCGAUUCGUUAGUCUCCGGCGGUCUCUCCGGCGUCCCGCCGUCUCGUGAUGUUGAGCUUUACGUGCCACGCAUUUGCAAUCUCAUAUUAUUCUGUUGCGCGUCACGAAUAAUAACCCAUCGCUCGCCACUCCUUGGGGCUCUGCAGAUGCCUGGCUUUGUCGCAAACUUCCCUCGACACCCCUGGAUUUGUCAGCGAGGUUGCAAUAACGUUAUAACACUGUGAUGUGUGGAACAGACGGGGAGCUGUCGAGAAACGAGGACACAACAUGUCAGUACAUGAGAAGGAUGUUCCUGUUAGUAUAAAUCAGUUCCAGGUGUUGGCCUGAGCAUGGCAUCGAUGGCUGCUUUACUGGACAGUGUUUGAACACUUUGCUGUUGUCUGGAUACAUAUCAUGUUAUAAAUGCAUAACGGUAGCUAUGAUACCUGUCUGUAACAUCCUACAGCAGCAACGCACAAAUAUAUCAGAUGUCUUUCCAACUGCUGCCGUGCAGGUUUUGUAUCAUGUGAUUUACAUGCAUCCCUAUUAAUGUGACUGCAGUGACAAUGUGAUGAUGACGUACUAUAAGCUGUCACGCUAAAGGCCGCUGAGCCACGUUUCAUAGCGGGGCUGUGCUCGCAGCAGCAUCACACUGGAGUUAGUCAUCUGUGCCUCCACGUUCCGGCGUCCUGGGUGUGUUGCAUAAAGAACAGUGACGUAUUUUGAGGAAAUUAUAGCUUCACUUUUUUGUCAAGAGUAAUACCACUCAUAGCUGGUUAGCUUAGCUUAGCAUAAAUGCUGGAAACAGCUGGCUUGACUCUGUCUAAAGGUGAAAAAAUCUACCAACCAGCAUCUCUAAAGCUGCUUAUCACAUCGUGUGUCAUUGUGAUGUUGCUUAAUCUGUUUUUUAAAAAUUGUAAAAGUUUGUGGAAAUCAAGAGCAGCACAACUCAUGAGCUAACAGAACAGGUCUGACCAAAUAAAGAGCCUUUUGACAUCUAAAAUGUUAGGUUUAGGAUUUAGAUUAUGCAAUAAAGCAACCCCACAGUUUGUUUUUAUAUCAGGGAAUUAGCUUUUUUUUUUUUUUGACAGUGUUCACCUCCCUGCAUACAAAUGUCACCAUAACUGUAACUACUGUCAUGGUUCUGAGGGGACACCAUCCCCCUAUUCUGGGCUGAGGCUGAUCCAGGAUGAUUGGUUUAAAGAAAUACAAACAAGCCAGAGCUUUUCUUCCCCCUUAUAGCAGAAUAACAUGAAGGUGCUGUCAGAUCAUCCUGCACAGCGUUUGGUCUGGUUAAUGCUGGACUAUAUGGACUUCUACGCUGUGUCCCAGCCCAGUGGUUGUAUCCUUGCUCGGUUAUUGAAGGCGCAAAUGUGGACAACUGAUUUAAAGGCAGACUAGAAAUGCAUCUGUCUUUUCCCGUUUAACGAAGGGUCCGACAUGUGGAUCCUUAAAGCCCAACCUGUCGCGAGAUCCAAUGAGGUUUGGAUUUUGAAAAGACUCCACAGUUUCAUAUUUGAUAAAACAAAAAUAUGCCAUCACAGUCACUGGCUGCAUCUUGUGACUAAAAGAUUUAGUUUUUGUCUCGACUGUCGACUUCAGCCGUCGGAGCUGCUGGGCAAUAGGAAAGGGUUGAGGCAAGUCCUUCACGGGCCAGACCGUCUUGUUUAACAUCAAUCUUGGACCUUUAUAGUUAGACCCAGUCCAAGGUGACUCCAUUUGAAGGCCCCAUAUUUCAGUUUCCAGGCAACCAGUGGAGACCAGCAAAGACAUAUUUAUGCUCACGAACACUAAUAAAACCACAGCUUAAAACAUAUAUACCUGAUAUUUGAGAUGAUCCUUCAAACAGAGCCAAGCCAGACGUUUUUACCAUUUCCACUUUUUUUAUGCUAAGCUAAGCUAACUGGUCGUUGGUUUUACCACCGUACAACCUCGAGCGGUAUCAUCUUUUAGCUCUUAGCGAGAAAGUGAACUUUUUCCUUUAACCUACCUUUAAUAUCUCUGCUUGUGAUUCUCAACACUUUUCGGUGCCUGGCUUCUCUCCAGUUAACGGCAUGAUGCGAGGGGAAACCAUCGACCUGUGAACCCACUUCCACUGUAACAUAAACCAGUCAGAGCUUCUGCAAUAGCCACAACCACAGCUCUGUGACAGCAGCAUGGCAACCAGCGUGACGUACUUCUGUCUGUGUGCACAUAAACUGUAGACGAGGGAGAAAAACACUAGAACGUGAACCUUACCUGACAAGGUGCGCGUCUCAUUAACGAGUUAACGUGCUGCAGGAAAAUUCAUCCAAUUCGAUCGCUAGAAGAGAACAGUCUUUGUUCAGCGUUAAAGAGUCUGAAUAAUAGAUAAGAGGAGCUGAGCACUAAUUGAAAACAGACGGAUUUUGCAUUAGUUUGUUGUCCUCCUACUCUUAAACUGUGCAGCUCAGUCAUCAGUUUCAUCUGACGGCUGCUGCACUGAUGAAUUUUUCCAUCAUGUUCGAUUUUUUCUAACAUGAAUCGAGACAGUUUGAUUAGACUCUCUUUGCUCUGGAAUGAAUAAUUCAUGAAGAUGUUCUACAGAUUGUGUGAAACAAACAUUUGUAAAAGUGUAAAUAUGUUCUGUUAAUAGGAAACACUGGAGAAGAUGUGUAGGAUCUCCGACGAGAGAGGAAACACUGUUAAAUUAUUAAAUAAACAUCUCAUCUGAC